AUGCCGCGCAGAGACAAAGUCAAGCCAAGCCACGCUAUGUCCGGCAUCCACACCAACGCGAGAAACCGCCACGCCACAGCUGGCCGACGAGCGGUAAGGGGCUACUCCGAAGUCCCUUCCGCCUCGCUGCUCUCGGCCAUGGACCAGACGGCGAACCCCUGCACAGACUUCUUUCAGUUCGCGUGCGGGAUGUGGAACAAGAAACACGUGAUCCCCGAGGACCGAGCCUCCAUCAACACCUUCGAAGUGAUGGCCGACCAACUCCAAAAUAUCUUGAGAGGGCUGCUCGAGGAGGACGUAUCGCCGAACGAGGGAUCAGCCACGGCGAAGGCUAAGAUCUUCUACGCCGCCUGCAUGAAUACAAGUCAGAUUGAGGAGAUAGGCGACGCGCCCCUGGAGAAGGUGCUGGCCUCGCUCGGGGGCUGGCCGGUCACCUCCCUCAACUGGACGGCUCCUGGCUUCUCGGUGGAGACCCUGAUCGGCCGCCUUCGGGGCGAGCUCAACCAGGGCAUCCUGAUCGACCAGUGGGUGGGACCAGAUGACAAGAACUCCUCCGUCAACGUCAUACAGGUGAGACCUUGUCCAUGCCACUCCAUAUUCCGUCAUUACACCCCCGAUCUUCACGAUUCUCUUAUACACAAGGAGGCUCUGCCACUCCACCUGACCGUCUCAGACUUUUAA